AUGUCCAGUACGGAUAAGGUCUCAACUUCCGACCACCUCCCGCAGGUGGAUCAUGAAGCAGUCACUCAAGAUGAGAAGGCUACACCCGUGGAGGAGAAGCAUCUGGUGAGAAGGCUGGACGAGCGGAUCAUGCCUUUCAUCUGCUUCUUGUUUCUAUGCUCCUAUCUCGACCGAGUAAAUUUGGGCAACGCACGGCUACAAGGCCUCCCUCAAGAUAUCCUUGGCGGUGACCCCACUGGCGUUUUGUUUGACUGGGCCAGCUCCGCAUUCUAUUUCUCAUUCAUUCUGUGCCCCGUGCCCCUCACGGCGACGUCCUUCAACUUUGCCGGCGUGCUCGUCUCCCGCAUCGCUCCAGGCGUAUUUGAGGGAGGAUUCGGUCCAGCCGUCCCUCUAUACCUACGUCUCUGGCUUGCCGCAUACACCGCCUGUGCAGGCAUUGCGGGCGCGUUUGGCGGGCUGCUGGGGUUCGGGAUCCAACACGCGCGCACCGCGAUCGCAGACUGGCGGCUACUGUUCAUCGUCGAAGGCGUGCUGCCCAUCCUCAUCGGGAUGCUCGCCUAG